AUGAGUUCACGUGCUUCAACAAUUACUAAGCGUUCUACAGAAUUUUCCAUUGCGGAAGAUCGAACAACAGAAAAUGGUGGCGCCAAGCUGGAUUUUUCGGGCAAGGCGAUCAAGCAUUAUGUUAUCACAAGGUUUACCGAUCUUAUUCCUUCGAAGAGAAUGAUUCAAGCGAACAAGAGAUUGAUGAACCCAAUUCCAGCUUUAAGAGAAAUGAACAAAAAGCAAUGGCUUAUGUUUUCAUCCGCAUUUUUGGCAUGGAUGUGGGUUGCAUAUGAUUUCUUCACUAUUUCGCUUAAUAUUUCUAAUCUUUCCGAGGAGUUCAAUCUUCCUGUAAAGAGUAUAACUUGGGGCAUUACUCUAGUGUUGAUGGUUCGCACGGUUGGUAGCAUAAUGUUUGGCUAUUUGGGUGAUCGUUAUGGAAGAAAAUGGCCUUUGGUUCUUAACAUGGGACUUGUGUGCAUUCUUCAAAUAGGUACUGGAUUUGUGAAAAAUUACAAGGAGUUUUUAGCAGUGAGAGCAUUGUUUGGUGUUUUGUUGGGAGGUGUUUAUGGUAAUGCUGCAGCUACAGCUCUAGAUGACUGCCCUAAUGAUGCCAGAGGAUUUAUAUCCGGUUUUCUUCAACAAGGAUAUACGUUUGGCUACUUAAUGGCCGUUAUCUUCAAGAGAGCAAUUGCCGACAAUUCCAGUUAUGGAUGGAAGUCUACCUUUUGGUUUGGUUCUGGAAUCAGUUUUUUGAUCAUGAUAUUCAGAUGUCUUUUACCUGAAACAGAUAGCUUUAUUAAGUCUCAGGAGCUUGCUAGAUACAAGAAGGAGAAUAACAUUCAAGACAAGAGCUUUUCACAAACUGCUAAGGAGGCUUGUAGAGAGUACUGGUUAAUUAUGAUUUACUUGGUCCUUUUUGCAGCAGGUUUCAACUUCAUAUCUCAUAGUUCCCAAGAUAUGUACCCAACCUUGUUGACUGUUCAAUACUCGUUUUCCGAAGAUAGAUCUACUGUUACUAACUGUGUUGCCAAUAUUGGUGCUAUGUUUGGCGGUAUAAUUAUGGGACAUGCCUCCAGUAUUUUUGGAAGAAGGUUUAUUAUUAUCAUUUGUUGUAUUGCUGGUGGUGCUUUAAUUUAUCCUUGGGCUUUUACUAAAGGAUCUGCUAUUAAUGUCGGAGCUUUCUUUUUACAAUUUUGUGUUCAGGGUGCUUGGGGUGCAGUUCCGAUUCAAUUAUCUGAACUUGCACCUCCUCAAUUUAGAGCAUUUGUUGUUGGUCUUGCUUACCAACUAGGAAAUUUAGCGUCUUCAGCUUCAUCUACAAUCGAGACAACCAUAGGUGAGCAGUUCCCUAUCACAUUAAAAGAUGGUAAGAAAACAUUUGAUUAUGCCAAGGUUAUGGCUAUCUUUGUUGGUUGUGUGUUUGCUUACAUUAUCAUUGUCACGUUUCUGGGUCCUGAAAGGAGAAACUAUUCUUUUGAUGGGGAUGACGAAUCAAAUGAUGAAUAUGAAGAUAAAGAGGUCACGGUGCCCAAAGACAAAACCUCCAUGGUUUGA